CUCGCCGGGUUCGAUCGGAUGUCAACUCCUCUGACCGGAUGGUGUUUGUGUAGAGGAAGUUUUGUUUUGCGAGUUUUUUUCUGUCCGUUUCGACUGACUGGGUGUUUAGUUAAAGCGCUUAAAAAAAGAGCACGGCAUGAUAUAAGUGUGAAUUGCAUAGUAACCGCUCAAGUGUUCAAGGAGAGGUUAAAAAAAAAAAAAAAUCCCGAGCUGUUUGAAGCGGAGGAACUCUUCAGAGUAACCCGAGAGCCCCUUCCUGCUAAGCUAACGACACCCAGCUAGUUAGCGCGGCUACCGUUUGCGCCCGGGUUUGAGUCGUGUUGCAGGAGCUCUACGAGCCGACGAAGCCAUGGGGAACCGGGGCAUGGAAGACCUGAUUCCCCUGAUCAACAAGCUUCAGGACGCCUUCAGCUCCAUUGGCCAGAGUUGCAAUCUGGACCUUCCUCAGAUCGCUGUGGUCGGAGGACAGAGCGCAGGGAAAAGCUCAGUGUUGGAGAAUUUUGUUGGCAGGGACUUUCUACCACGUGGAAAUGGCAUUGUUACCCGUAGACCUCUCAUUCUGCAGCUGGUCAACAAUAAAGCAGAAUAUGCUGAAUUCCUGCACUGCAAAGGGAAGAAGUUUGUGGAUUUUGAUGAAGUGCGGUCGGAAAUUGAGGCGGAGACCGACAGGAUAACAGGAUCCAACAAAGGCAUCUCUCCCAUCCCAAUAAACCUGAGGGUCUACUCCCCAAACGUGCUGAACCUGACCUUGAUCGACCUUCCGGGAAUGACUAAGGUUGCCGUGGGAGACCAGCCUGUAGACAUAGAGCACCAGAUCAGAGAAAUGCUGAUGCAGUUCAUCACCAAGGAAAGCUGUCUGAUCCUGGCCGUGACCCCUGCCAACACUGACCUGGCCAACUCUGACGCUCUGAAGAUCGCCAAGGAGGUGGACCCACAGGGUCUGCGUACCAUUGGUGUCAUAACAAAACUGGACCUGAUGGAUGAAGGGACGGAUGCAAAGGACAUCCUAGAAAAUAAACUCCUGCCACUACGUAGAGGCUACAUUGGUGUGGUGAACCGCAGUCAGAAAGACAUCGAUGGGAAGAAGGACAUUCGCGCUGCUAUGGCUGCAGAGAGGAAGUUCUUCCUGUCCCAUCCUGGCUACAGACAUCUGGCAGAGCGAAUGGGAACACCGCAUCUACAAAAGGCACUCAACCAGCAAUUGACCAACCACAUCAGGGACACUCUUCCUGGUCUGCGCAGUAAGCUGCAGAGUCAGCUCCUCUCGCUGGAGAAGGAGGUGGAGGAGUUCAAGAACUUCCGUCCAGAUGACCCAACGCGCAAGACCAAGGCCUUGUUGCAGAUGGUGCAGCAGUUCGGUGUGGACUUUGAGAAGUGCAUCGAGGGCUCUGGGGACCAGGUGGACACCAACGAGCUGUCGGGUGGCGCCAAAAUCAAUCGCCUCUUCCAUGAACGCUUUCCCUUCGAACUGGUCAAGAUUGUGUUCGACGAGAAGGAGUUACGGCGAGAAAUCAGUCAUGCAAUCAAGAACGUCCAUGGUGUCAGAACGGGGCUGUUCACUCCAGACCUGGCGUUUGAGGCCAUCGUGAAAAAGCAGAUCGUUAAGCUGAAAACGCCCUGUCUCAAAUGUAUCGAUCUGGUCAUUCAGGAGCUCAUCAACACAGUCAGGCAGUGCUCCAAUAAGCUCAAUUCCUAUCCCAGACUGAGAGAGGAGACCGAGAGGAUCGUCACGACCCACGUCAGAGAGAGAGAAGGGAAGACUAAGGACCAGGUUCUGCUGCUGAUUGACAUUGAGCUGUCCUACAUCAACACCAAUCAUGAGGACUUCAUAGGCUUUGCCAAUGCCCAGCAGAGGAACACAGCUGCAAACAAGAAGAGGGCCAUACCCAACCAGCUUGUCGGACUGGGAGAAGUCCACGAGGAGAAGGUGAUCAGGAAAGGCUGGCUAACCAUCAAUAUCAGCAUCAUGAAGGGAGGCUCCAAGGAGUACUGGUUCAUCCUGACUGCAGAGUCCCUGUCCUGGUACAAAGAUGAGGAGGAGAAAGAAAAGAAGUAUAUGCUCCCCCUGGACAACCUGAAGCUCAGAGAUAUGGAGAAAGGCUUUAUGUCAACAAAGCACAUCUUCGCAAUCUUCAACACCGAAUCGAGGAACGUGUACAAGGAUCUUCGGCAGAUAGAACUGGCCUGUGAUUCUCAAGACGAUGUGGACAGCUGGAAAGCCUCCUUCCUCAGGGCAGGGGUUUAUCCGGAGAAGGACCAGACGGACAAUGAAGACGCUGCCCCUGCGGACACCUUCUCCAUGGAUCCUCAGCUGGAGCGGCAGGUGGAAACCAUCCGCAACCUGGUGGAUUCGUACAUCGGCAUCAUCAACAAAUCCACCAAAGACCUCGUGCCCAAGACCAUCAUGCAUCUCAUGAUCAACAGUGCAAAGGAUUUCAUCCACUCGGAGCUGCUGGCCUACCUCUACUCGUCUGGGGACCAGAGCAGCCUCAUGGAGGAGUCGGCGGACCAGGCCCAGCGCAGAGACGAAAUGUUGCGCAUGUAUCACGCACUCAAGGAGGCGCUGCUCAUCAUUGGCGACCUCAGCACCAGCACCAUCUCCACCCCAGUACCCCCGCCCAUAAAUGACAGCUGGAUCCAAGAAGCCAGCCCAACCCCUCAGCGCCGGCCGCCCGCAGCUGCCCCGGCCCCCAGCCGUCCGCCCGCUGCUCGGGGACCGACGCCAGGACCACCCAUGAACCCUUCGCCUGCCUUCGGCGUUCCACUCAACCCCUCUCCCGCCUUUGGUGCACCACCGAUCCCCUCCCGCCCAGGCCCACCCAUCAACGCUUUUAACAGCCACCAGGAUCCCUUCAGCGCACCCCCAUUGAUCCCCUCCCGGCCGGCCCGCGUCCCACCCGGUGUACCCAGCCGAAGACCCCCUGGUGCUCCUUCUCAUCGGCCCACCAUUAUCCGCCCUGCCGAGCACUCCCUUCUAGACUAGACCCGUGGCCAAGUGUGUGUGUGUGUUUGUGUGUGGGUGUGUGUAUUCUGCACACUUCAGGCCAGAGGCGGGGGCUCGAGGGGGAGGGGCUUACUGAUAGCAGUGCAUAAUGUGCAUCGUCCAGCCGUAUUAACAAGCAAUGUAACAAGCUGCUAAUACCAUCUUUAUCAGUGCACAUGAACGACAGAAAGCCCUUAACCACUUGAAUAUUACUUUGACUGCUGUGGAAAUUGUGUAAUACAAAAAAAAAAACUGCUGAUCUGCAGGAUGCAUCAAGCUUCUAUCGGUCGGAGAUGAUGUAUCGAAUUCAGUUCAAGAUCGUUUUUUUACUAUAAUAACUGGUUUAUUUCUUCUGACAAUGUUCCCAGCAGAAGCUCGUUAAAUAACUUAUUAACUGUUGCAGGCUGGCUUUCCUCUCCCCUCCCUCCACCUUUUUAGAUCGGCCGAGACGCCCAAUGACUAGAUCUCUGUGUAUAAUACACACACUUGACCUGUUGUUAAUGAUUUACUGCGUUUUCAUUUAAUAACUGAUUCAUAAUGAAAAAAAAAAAACAAUACCUUAUUAUCACUGUUGUAAUGUUGGUGCUGUCAAUUACCUUUUUUUUUUUCCUCCCCCCCUUUUGUGUUAUUUUAUUUAAGUGGCUUUGUCCUUUUUAAUGACCGUCAUAAAUGUAGCUUUAAAAGUGAAAUCCGUAUCGCAGAAAAAAGCAAAGAAUAAAAAAAAUCACGGGGUUGCAUGAGACUGUGAGAGCAGCCUCAGUGCCCCUCGGUGAAUUAUCCUUCCACAAUGAAUCAACCAGAUCGACCCGCUGUAAUCCGAGCACUUCUAGCCAUGGAGCCUUACAACAAGCCCCUCAUAACGGGGAUGUUGUCGUCCGUUACCAGAAGGCUAUGCACAGAAACCUGGCAGAGGGAGAGGGACAGGCUGAAGGCUGUCUGCACUUUGUGAGAUGCUUUCUCUCCAGUAAUUUAAAGCCUUGAAUUAUAAUCCCUUUUAGUCUCCGUUGAACCCCAAUGAGACCUUCAGCCUUCAGGUAGACUUUGUUCAUUCCUGGAUUAACUGAUUCAUAUAGAGCAGAGCACACAGUACAGUUUCCUCUCAGAGAGGAUAAAACCAGGCGAGGCGGUGGGAUGAGUCGUAGACGAGGGCGUGAUUUAGAGUGUAAAGAUGGUAUUAGGCGUUUAGGAGUUGGCACAUCUCUUUCUGGGCUUAGUUGUCAGGGACAUUUAUUAUUGCUAUCAGUUCUGCUUCCAUGCAUUAAAAAUAUUGUAUAUAGCUGGCCUAUACUGGGGGAGUUAGCACUUGUAUCUCAUUUAAUCGCAGAGGUUGAUGACAAAAACAUGCUAUUGAUUCUAAUCAAAGGCCCAACGUGUUUUUUAAAAAAAAGCAACUGUAGUCAUCAUAAUAACGGAAGCACUAACUGUCAUUUCAUAGAUUAGUUUUGGAUGUAGGGGAAAAGAGAUCGGUCAUCUCCUGAAGCGUUAUUUAUAAUCAGGGCAUUUUUCAUUUCUUCUCGAUGUUUUUGGUUGCGAUUGUAUCAGCUUUGUACAUCUCAGCUCCCCAGCGUCUCCUGGACUUUUAUUUUGGGGUCUGCUACAGGGAUUAGCUGUCUAAAUGUGUUGUAUGUUGGGAGGGCACCUGGGGGCUGAACAUCGUCUACACGGCUGUGAUUAUUUGAUAAUGAAUAUCUUUUGAUUGCUCUUAGCGGGUAUUUGACCAUUUAACACCUAUUGAGGGGGGAGAUCUGGUCAAGUGGGGAGUGGCGUUGGGCUACUGGGAUGUUUUUCUAUUUUAGGUUUGAUCAGUAGUGGUUGUGAGCAGCAGGUGGUGGGAGUUUUGGUGUAUAUGAAGGCACACUCAGUCUACGGAAGGUGUCUAGACUUUUUCUCUGUUCUCACCACAGAGGAUAAAAUAUAAUUGGACAAACUGGCAAGACAAAGAAACUAAAGAAUUCAAAACUGCCCCAAAUGACUGACCUUUGAGACAGAGUGUGCUUUUUCUUCCCCCUGUAUUUCUCUGCAGGUCUGGCUUUCAGUGACAGUGCUCAAAGGAAUUAGAAUAAGCUUAUAAUACAGCCAAGAGUCUUGAGAUUGAAGACCUUUCACAUUAAAUCUACAACGAACCCCCUCAAAAGUUAGUUCAUGUUAUAAAACUUCUUAUUGGCCAAAGUUUGAUGAAUUCCCCUUGUGCCUGUCACUUCAGCCUGCCCUCGAGAAGCCCAGACUGUAAUGCCCUGUAGUACAUUAGGUUGUGGUCAUACUGCCUUUCUUCCUAAUGGAUGUGUGCCUCCUUUUCCUCUUUCCCUCCCCUCCCCCUGUCUUGAUCAGGUGGAAGGGGUUGGAAACCACCUGUAAAAAAAAUAAAUAAAAAAAAAUCUCUUUUCUUUUUUGUUUUGCAAACCCUUGUCAAGUGCCUCUGUAGCAAUUAAUUGAUUUGAAUAAACAACAUGAACUGAUUUAGGAUGGAGAGUAAAUAAAGAGGUGUUGUGUACAAUAAAGGGACUGGC